AUGUCGCCACCCCUUUCUGUGGCAUCGGUGUUGGUCAAAUGGGACGCCAGCGGUCCUAACAUCUUACUCGGAGCUGUCAAGGAGAUGCUGCUGGGCGCCCUCGGACUCCGGUCUGAUGGUCUGCCCCCGGAAGUUGAUACUUUCCUGCCAAAACCAACAGGCUUGAAGGUUCCCCGGGGUCCGCGAAUACUUAACUUUCGCACAGGCAUGCAGACCCUGACCCGGGCUCUAGUGGACCACCUCCGCGAAGCGCCCAACGUUUCACUGCGAUCCGGUGCCACAGUUUCCAGUAUUGACUGCAAGAAUGGACAGUUCGAG